AUGCGUCCGGCGGCCCAGCUCACACGUCUCGUCGCAUCGGCCUCCUUCGUCUCGGCCUUUUACCCCUUCAUCCCCCCUUGGCUUCAGGCCCGCUCCGUCGACGAGGUCAGACGCGAUGUCGGUGGCCAGGACGUCGCAGGCUUCGUCUUCGAGAUUGAGCAAAUGCCAGGUUCCGAUUCGUUCACGCCAGCCGAGCGAGCCGCCCGCGAUGCCGCGAGACUCGCCAACAGGUACGAGGGACGUCACUUCGUCGGUCCCGCGCGUGAUGCGUCCUUCUGGAAGAGAGCGAGCGAGUAUUCCAUCAUGAAGGCCGUCCAGCCCGGACAGGACUUGACGGUGGGAAUCGACCAGGACGGCACCGACUACUCGUACCUCGUCAAGUUGGAGCUCGGGUCCAAGGCCAAGGGGAUCUACAUGCUCGUCGACACCGGAGCCGGUUCCAGCUGGAUCAUGGGCAGCAACUGCAAGGACGACGCCUGCUCGAGGCACAACACCUACGGCCCGGCCGAUUCGGACACGUUUAAGUCGACAACCACCGACUUCACCAUAUCGUACGGGUCCGGAACCGUUUCCGGCCAGCUCGCCUCCGACACGGUCAGCCUGGCCGGCGUCAGCUUCAGGUACCAGUUUGGCUUGGCCUCCCAGACGUCAUCGUCCUUUUCUCAGUUCGCCUUCGACGGCAUUCUUGGCUUGGCCAUGAACAAGGGAUCCAACGACAACUUCUUCCAAUCCUUUUCCCAGGCAAAGAAGCUCGACAAGAACCUAUUCUCCGUCGCCCUGAACCGGGCCGUCGAUGGUGGUGCCAACACGGGCGAGCUUCGCUUCGGCGCCAUAAACCCCAACAAGUUCACCGGCGACAUCACCUACUCCCCCCUCGCCUUGGACGACGGCAACUGGGUCAUCAAGCUCGACGACAUGGCCUACGACGGCAACAAGGCCAACGUGGGCGGCGUCUUGGCCUACAUCGAUACGGGCACCUCUUUCCUCUUCGGACCCGUCGACUUGGUGAAGAAGCUUCACAGCCUCGUCCCCGGCGCCGAGAGCUUGGACGGCAUGACCUACGCCGUCCCCUGCGACAGCACCAAGUCCAUGGUCCUUACCUUUUCGGGCGUCGACUAUGUCAUCUCGCCCAAGGACUGGAUCAAUUCGAGAUUAAAUCCGGGCAACUGCACGAGCAACAUCUUCGGCCGCGAGGUCGUGAAAGAUUCCUGGCUGCUCGGCGACACGUUCCUCAAGAAUGUGUAUUCGGUCUAUGACAAGGACGAGAAGCGCAUCGGAUUUGCCAAAUUGGCCGCGUCCAACUCGUCGCAAACCGGCACCGGCGCAGCGAGCUCGGACGAGUCCUCCGCUUCGGCAUCGACCCAGUCCAAGUCGACGGCCACCAUGUCAUCGCCGGCCGCCGUCACUUCAUCGUCCACGGAUGCGUCAAAGUCCGUCGGCAGCCAGAAUUCUCCGGCCGGCAGCGGAAGCUUGAACGGUGCUUCGACCACGCCGAGCGAGACGUUAAAGUCGGCGGCCGCAGGCGUCGGCUUCCAGCAAGAUCACAAACUCGCCGCCGUCGUCUUCUUCACCAUGGCCGUCUCCCUGAUGAUGUAA